CUUGCUCAAAUCGAUUCGAUCCAAGUACUUUUCUUUCGAUACCAAGUACGAAUCGAUACAACGAUUCGAGUAAAAAAAGUAGUUGGUAUCGAAACAAAAGUAUCGAGUACGUACUCGUACGUACUCGUAUUUACUUGUAUCGGAACAUCCCUAUAUAUCAGUUGUGUGAAGUUAGCAAAAGUGUGAAGAUGUCACGUGAUGAAGAUAGUGGAGACGAUGAAGAAGUGAAUUUUGACAAUUUACCUCCCUUAUUAUUAAAUGGCGAGGCUGAGCUAUUUCGAAAUGCUUAUUCUUCUGAUUCUGACAGUGAAGACGAUAUUCCACUUGCGUUACUGCCACCGGCGAAGAAACGCAAAUUCGAUAUGUCGUCAGUGAAAUGGAUAAGGCACGAUCUAAUUGAAACGGAAGGCACUGUAACGGAAUCUGAACAGGAAAAUUUACCAACACCCCUCGAUUUGUUUGAAAAUUUUUUUUCUGCUGACCUUCUGCAACUCAUUACUGAAAACUCCAAUGACUAUGCGUUAAAGCAUAAUGCAAUAGGAAAUAUAACCCCGGAUGAAAUCAGGUGCUUUAUUGGAAUUUUACUUCUAAGUGGCUACAAUAUUGUCGCUCGGCGCCGUAUGUAUUGGCAAAAUGAUAGGGAUACUCAUCAUUCCUUUGUAUGGAAUUCGAUGUGAAGGGAUCGAUUUGAGUUUAUAAUAAGAAAUUUGCACUUUGUGGAUUACAAAAAUCUGGAUAAGAUGGACAAAUUUGCAAAGGUUAGACUACUUCUACAAAAAUUGAACGAAAGCUUCCAAAAUAAUGCUCCAAGAACAAUACAGCAUUCCGUUGAGGAGCAGAUGGUUCCGUAUUUUGGCGGCCACGGAUGUAAACAAUAUAUCCAAGGAAACCCUAUCAGAUAUGGCUAUAAAUUUGGGAUUGGAGCAACUUAUAAGGGCUACAUUCUUUGGUUCGAGGCAUAUCAAGGUGCAGGGACCUUCCCCAAUAAUACCUACAAGGAAAUGGGACUUGGUGCAAGCGUAGUCUUAACAUAUUGCGACAUUCUAUCCCAAAAACAACCCGACAUUACCCACCGAUUGUACUUCGAUAAUUUGUUUACCACAAUUGGUUUAUUGGUCGAGUUAGAAAAACGGAAUGUUAAAGGGACUAGAACCAUUCGCCACAAUCGAUUAGCCAACUGUCCCUUACCAAAGAAACAUGAUCUGCGAAAGAAAGAAGGGGGGUAGUAUGACUACAGUAAAAUUCGUACCAACAAUAUUAUUGUCUGUUGUUGAAACGACAGCAAUGCAAUUAACGUCGCCUCAAGCAUCCAUCCAGUUGUACCUUCAAAAAAUAUUUCACGUUGGUCCCGGAAGGAGAAAAAGCGUGUAAGCAUUCAACAACCACGUCUUAUUCAUGAAUAUAAUCGAUAUAUGGGGGCGUCGAUCGAGCAGAUGAAAAUAUCAGCUUGUACCGUGUCUCUAUUCGUGGCAAAAAGUUGUAUUUCCUUUUAUUUACACACUGCAUUGAUCUUGCAGAGCACAAUGCCUGGCAAAUACAUACGAGAUAUGGGAGGUAAAAUGGACCAUCUAGCUUUUCCUCGGCGCAUUUCCACAUCGAUAAUAUCAACUUAUGGAAAAUCCUUAGCAACGCUUCCGUCAGGAUCAUCACGGGACAUCAGAUUUGAUCGAAAGGAUCAUUUGCUUACUGAAAUCAACCGUCAGGAAGAGGGAAAAUGUAAACAGCUACGUUGCAAUCAUUGCCAUAAAAAGACCACUACACACUGCAUUAAAUGUGAUGUGCCGCUUCAUGUAAAGUGUAAUGUGGAGUACCACACCACCAAAUAAUUGUUUAGUAUUAUUUUUUUCCCUUUACUGAAGUACACGAAAGUUUCUGGAUAAUAAAUGAUUUGA